AUGGACAAAUCAUGGAUUGCACAACCACGAAAUACUGUUGAAUAUCAACAAGGCGUUGAAGGUUUUAUUGAUUUUGCGGUCACACACAGCUCUGCUGAGGGUUUGAUAUUAUGCCCUUGUUCACGUUGUGGUUUUAGAAAGUGGCAGCCAAAGGAAAUAGUGAAUGACCACUUAUUAUGCUCCAAAUUUCCUGAAGGUUACACUUUUUGGGUUUUUCAUGGAGAGUCACGUAUUGGAGAAAGCAGUAAUUCCAGUGAUGCAAAUGUAUCACAUGGAGUGGAAGACAACGUAAUCCAUGAGGAUCCAAUACGCAACAUGGUAAAUGAUGCUUUUGGGGUGGAUGGGCAGCAAAACAGUGGAGACACGACAAAUGAUGGACAUGAAGAAAAUUAUGGAGGCAAAGAAUUUUACGAACUAGUCAAAGAUGGAGAACAACCGUUGUAUGAAGGGAGUAAGAAAUAUUCAAAGCUUUCUUUUAUUGUGAAGUUAUAUCAUAUCAAGUGUUUGUGCAAGAUAAGUGACAAGGCGAUGUCUUUAAUAUUGGAGCUAAUACACGAUGCAUUUGACCAUGCAAAGAUUCCUUCUUCAUUUUAUGAGGCAAAGAAAACUAUUACGAAGUUGGGAUUGGAUUACCAGAAGAUACAUGCUUGUCCAAGAAACUGUAUGUUGUAUUGGGGUGAGGAAAAUGUAGACAUGCAAUUUUGCAAGGUUUGUUCUUUAUCUAGAUGGAAACCUUGUGCCAAAGGAGGUGAACCACAACAUGGAAAUAGCACGCGUAAAGUGGCUGCCAAAGUUGUACGUUAUUUUCCACUUAAACCACGCUUGCAAAGAUUGUUCUUGUCUACAAAGACCGCUGAAGACAUGAAAUGGCAUGCUACAAAUGGUCACAAUGAUGGUUCCAUGAGGCAUCCCAGAGAUUCAGAAGCUUGGAAGCAUUUUAAUUCAUUACACACAACCUUUGUUGCGGACCCACGCAAUGUUCGACUUGGUUUGGCUACGGAUGGUUUCAAUCCUUUCGGGCAUAUGAGCUCCAGUUACAGUGUUUGGCCAGUUAUUCUAAUUCCAUACAAUACGCCUCCAUGGUUGUGUAUGAAGUCCACAUCAUUUAUUCUAUCAACGAUUAUACCGGGCAAAAAAAUGCCCGGAAAUGAUAUUGAUGUGUACUUACAGCCGUUGAUGAAAGAGUUGCUUGAAUUGUGGAACGAAGGUGUAGAUGCUUAUGAUGCCUCGACACGGGACAUGUUUAAGUUACGUGCAGCUUUAAUGUGGACAAUUAGUGAUUUUCCUGGUCUUGGUAAUCUAUCUGGGUGGAACACACAUACUGGGUUAGCAUGCCCAGUAUGCAACUUUGACUUUGAACCCACUCGUCUUUAUCAUAGUAAGAAGUGGUGUUUUAUGGGCCAUCGACGUUUUCUUCAACAAAGACAUCGGUUUAGAUUGAACAAGGUUCGAUUUAACGGUAAACAGGAGCUGCGCAAUCCUCCAAGGAUAUUAUCUGGCUGUGAAAUCCUUGAACAACUUCAACAUGUUAAUGUUACCUUUGGUCGACCACCCGAAGUUAGCAGAAGAGGGAAAAGGAACCGAGUUGGUGAUCGUGAUGCACAAGGGAAUGCCCAACAAUGGAAAAAGAAGAGCAUAUUCUUUGACCUUCCAUAUUGGAGACAUAAUUUAUUGCGCCACAAUCUUGACAUGAUGCAUAUUGAGAAGAAUGUAUGCGAUAAUAUCAUUUACACGUUGCUUAAUGAUUCUUCAAAAUCAAAAGAUCAUUUAAGUGCUCGAAGAGAUCUACAAAGAAUGGGUUGCAGGACUGACCUUUGGCCAAAUGACAAUGGAAAAUAUCCUCUAGCAGUGUAUACAAUGACCAAUCAAGGGAAGAAGGCUUUUCUAAAGACUUUGCGGAAUAUCUCUGUACCUGAUGGUUACGCAAGCAACAUAUCUAGGUGCAUUGAUGUUGAUUCUAUGCGAGUGAGUGGGAUGUUGAAAAGUCAUGAUUGUCACAUAUUGAUGGAGCAACUACUACCAUUGGCUACGAGAAUAUCAUUGCCUGAUAAUGUAUGUAGCAUCUUGAUUGAAUUAUGCUCAUUUUUCAAGCAACUAUGUGGUAAGGUGUUGAGUGUUUCGGAACUGGAUAAUAUACAACGUCAAGUUGUGCUAACCCUAUGCCAUAUGGAAAUGUUAUUUCCCCCUUCAUUUUUCACCGUCAUGAUUCAUUUGAUUGUUCAUCUUGCUGACGAAGCUAAGCUUGGAGGUCCGGUUCACUAUCGGUGGAUGUAUCCUAUUGAGAGGUAUUUGGGACAAUUAAAAUCAUAUGUUCGUAAUAAGGCACAACCAGAAGGUUCAAUUGCAGAAGGUUACCUUAUGCAAGAGAUCUUAACUUUUUGCUCAAGGUACUUGGACAAUAUUGAGACUCGGUGGAAUCGACCUAGACGUGUUGAUGAUGCUCAUGAUGAUAUACAGCCUCAAACGCGCAUUGAUGUUUUUUUCCCCAAAGUAGGUAAGCCAAUUGGUGCAUCAACAUUUUGCAAUCUCACUAACAUGGAAAGAUUACAAGCACAUAGACAUGUGCUUACCAAUUGCCCACUUGUUGAAAAAUAUCUUCAGGAAUUUAGGACAGAUGUUAAGAGGCAACUAAGGAGGACUACUCGAAGUCAAGCAGAGAUAGAUAAGCGGGUUCAUAGAGAGUUUGUAGAUUGGUUCUCCAAACGAAUUAUUGUAGAUAUCAACAAUAUUGAGGAAUCAGAUGUAGCUAUCAUGCUUUCUCUUGCUAAAGGUCCAUUUUAUGAAGCUAGAAGGUUUAAUGCAUAUAAUGUAAAUGGCAUUAAGUUUCGGACCUUAGAAAGAGACAACAACCUGAAAACACAAAAUAGUGGGGUUUAUGGGACUUUUGACACUAGAAGCUACUCAAUGGCUUUGUUUAAAUGUCAAUGGGCUGAUACCACUACUCAAAGAGGGCUAAAGAAAGAUAAAAUGGGAUUUACGCAAGUAAACUUUUCAAAACUAAUACAUACUGGUGAAAAAGAAGAUGAUGAGCCAUAUAUUAAAGCUUCAGAAGCUCAAAUGGUGUUUUAUGUUGAUGAUGAGAAAGAAAAAGGUUGGAGCAUUCCAGUUCAUGUAAAGCCACGAGACUUGUAUGAUAUGGGUGAAGACGUUAUGACAUGGACUGGCCAAUUUCCAUCACAGAACUUGGAUCAGGUUGAUGUCGAUGACACAACACCUUUACAAUUAUCACGACCUUUCACGGAUGAUGACAAUCCAAUUGUCCUUGCUAAUCUAAACGAGGAUGAAGAAAUGGAAAUAUCAUAA